AUGACUCUGAAGGACCCCGGCGCGCAACUCCAAGCUGACCUUGGUCGAUCAUCUGGCGGGGCAUUCGUCGUUCUUUUCUGGGAAUGGGCGAUUACCUUUGAUGAAGAAGUGGAAUUAAUUUGGUCGAAGGAUAAGCGGUCUUGGCUAAAAUGGCUCUUCCUCUUUGCCCGUUAUUUCAUCAUUAUGGUCCAAAUAUGGAACCGAUGCCUUGAAGCCGCCAUAAAAUAUGACUACAGCCUAAACGCAAACAAGCUGAAAGCACUUUAUAGCUGUCAGGUCAUUGUUGCGGCACUGUCGGUCUCAUCAUUGGAGAUCGUGUUAAUGGCCAGAGUGUAUGCUCUCUACAGACAAAAACGCUGGCUUGGAUUUAUGCUCAUUUCUUUCUUCUUCGCGGAAUUCAUCAUCGCCGUUGUGACUGCAGUGGUAUACAUACCCGGGAAGGAUUUUACUCCGACCACGAUCAUUGAACACCUUCCCGUCUCAUUCGCGUAUUUCGGGAUAUCCUCCGUCGCUUUCCAGUGCAUUAUUCUCAUACUCACUAUUUAUAAAUAUUUGCAAAGUGACUUGAAGGCGGUACCGUUGGUGAAACUCAUGAUGCGAGAUGGAACACUUGCAUUCGUCAUGCUAACAAUUUUUGUGCUCUUUGCCGUGGUUUAUACGCUUUGUAACAUCGCUUUCGCCGUGACAACCUAUGCCUGGUUGCUGUCUGCAGUUUCUUGUACGACCUGCCGCUUAAUUCUCAAUAUGCAACGGAUACCAUUAUCUCAUGAUGCACCAUAUACCUCAACAACCAUACAAUUUACCACAAUUUUUACGGAUCGAAUAGCCUACGAAGACGUAUUCAAUUCCCGAGACCACGGCGAUUCUAGACACUCAAAUUCUGACCCGUGA